CCCAUUUAAAGCCCUGACAUUUGGAGAAGUGCAGCUGCCAGCCAUUAAUAUUGCCCCCAUCAAAAAGGCACUGUGUGGCAUAAACAAUGUGCCACAGUCUCGCUUUCAAAUUCGGCCAGUGAGCCCCGCGACCGGUUUUCUUUUCGGGGGGAGCACUGUGUCCACUUUGUUUUUUUUUUUUUGUGGGAACGGGAACGGGAAUCUCGAUCCAGCAGCAGCAAAUUUCCAGUUUCAGCUUUUUGUUCAGUUCGAUUCGAGCGGCGGACAGGUAGAGAUCGUUCGCUGGUUAUUUUUCUACGAAAAAGGGGUUUCCGCUUUCGGUUUUAGAUCUUCGCGCGUGUUUUUAAUUUCAAGAAGAGGAUGAGCAUCAUUCCCCAAGCAGCUGCAAAAGUGCAACAGCAGCAGCAGGAGCACCAACAUCAUCAGUAACCGCAGCAAACACAAACGGGUUUCAUUUGCACUCGUCGGGCAUUUAUUUGAAUUGUGUGUGCGGUUGGGUCGCGUGCAGUUCACGGAAUAUGCAAAAAGCCUUAAUCAUUAAAUUAAACACAGACUAACGACUAUCCACGGCGGCUUGAAUCAUUAAUUUAGUUCUAUAUUCCAAAGAGAGCAGUUCAGUGCUGCCUGAAGUGAAAAAUAUAAAAAAAAAACAAUAUUAAAGAAAAAUAACGAAAAAUCUUAAGUGCAAUUUAAAGAAGAUAUAGAUAAAGUUACUAACAGAUCUCGAAAUUUGUAACGCUUAAGUAGGGAAACAAGCGAAGCCCAUACCGUAAUGAAGCACAAAUUUUUGCUAUUGCUCCUUACUGAAACGGUAUUCCUUCUGGCUACCGCAGUUCAAGGCCAGCACGAGGACAUCCCUUAUCAACCGGUGACCGAUAUCUGCCAGACCUGCGUAUGCCUGAGAAAUCAGGAUAGUGAUCGUGCGACGCACUUCAACCUGGAUUGCUCGGUGAGGAAUUUUGAGCAUAUCCUGGCCCGCUGGCCACAGGAGUUCGGAAGCCAAGCGAUAGCGGCAGGAGCUUCUUCGGAGAUAGUGGUAUCAUACUCGGGCAAUAGGAUUAAGUUACUUCAACAGCUGCCGGCCACAAAUGCCACCUUAACCCUCUCCUGCCGGCAUUGUGGUCUGCAGGAUCUGCAGGCUCCCCUCUUCAUGGACGUGCCCAAUGUGGAGGCCCUCUACCUCAGCUGGAAUGAGCUAACUAAUGAUGCAUUGGUCCCGGAUCUCUUUAGAGGUCCUUUCCGCAACACUCGCUACGAGCCGAUUGGAUUACGGGAUCUGGACUUGAGCCACAAUCGAAUAUCUCGUCUGGAUCGGCGGCUCUUCGAGCACACUCCACAUUUGAUCAGGUUGAAUUUGGGCUACAAUAAAUUGAGUUCCCUAGAUGAAGCCACUACGGCAGCUAUUGCAUCGGUUACUACAUUGCAAAGAUUGGAUAUCUCUAGCAAUGGGUUGAUGACCCUGCCACCACAGCUUUUUCCAAAGUUGGCCAGCCUCCGUAUCCUAGAUGUCUCAGGAAAUGAGUUUAGUACAAUUCCUGCCAGCCUCCAGCAGUUAAGCAAGGCGUUGGUACAACUAAAUUUGGCUGGGAAUACCUUCCUGACUUUCAAGGAGAACAGUCUUCAUGGCUUGGAAUCUCUAAAACGACUGAAUAUCAGUGGCAUGCCAUCUUUGAGAAGUUUGGAGAAGGGAGCAUUGAAUUUGCCUGCCUUGGAGCAGCUAGAUUGCUCCAGAAAUCCCAAAUUGGAACACUUGGAGCUGGAGGAUUUGCUAAGUAGUCGGAACUUGUCGCAAGUUGAUUUGUCCAGGAAUGCAUUGAGCACUUUGACCCUUAAUAUCUCCAGUUCUAACAAUAGUACCAAUAAUACAGAACCCUGGCCACGUCUUCGUCGACUUAGUAUCUCGCGAAAUCCUUGGUACUGCAGUUGCGAACUCUUCAAAGCCCUGGAGCUAACUGGAAUUUCCCACAUCGAACGGGAAACAGAUAGUGCCGAAGCCCGUUGUGAAACUCCAUAUCUACUCGCCGGAUCACGGCUCUCCAACUUGACAGCGCAAAGGAUCUGUACGAUGGUGAUACCAAAGAAAUACCGUGAAGUAGAUGAGGAGCCACCGCGAUUCCUGCGACGUCGCUAUAUUAUACUGACCGCCAUUAUAGCCAGUAUUGUUCUAGUAAUUGGCCUGGUAAUCGGAUUCGUUGUGGUCUGUAUACGACGGCGUCUCAAGGGCAGUGAUUAUGGGGUACAACCCAUUCGAUACACCAGCGUAAGGGGUAGCAAUCUGUCGCAAUUCUCGCAGCUGCAACCCGCUUCGGUGGCCAGUAAAUUCAACAACGUCCAUGCCGGAAGCAACAGUGGUGCCACCACGGGUGCUGCCAAUGCCUAGAACGGUAUUAAGAUCCUAAUUCGGUUUCCAAAUCCGAGCUAGCUGCACAAGUUUCGAGCCAAAGAUUUCCACGACAGUGUUGCGAAUCCAACCGAAAAAAAGACUUCCUGUGCGUGCUAUCAUGUAUAUAUAUAGGUGUUCCUCUGUAUUAAAUCCCACAAUGGAGCUAAUCCUCCGAUUCCUAUUCCCAGUACCCUUAAAUCUAUAACCCCCUAGUAUUUAGUGAUGCCAUCGAUGUUUGUAUUGUACUUAAGUUCCAAACAUUUAGUGUGUAAUAAAACAUUUUCAAAAUCAA